GGCGGCCGCCGUACGGAACGCGCCUCCCGCUGCCGGCCGCGGGCUUUUGGAGCACCAUGAGCCUCUGGGCGGACAAGCACCGGCCCGGCUCCCUCGCCCGCCUCGACUUCCACCGCGAGCAGGCGGCUCGACUCCGCAACCUGGUUCAAUGUGGUGACUUUCCUCACCUGUUGGUAUAUGGACCAUCAGGAGCUGGAAAAAAGACCAGAAUAAUGUGUUUGUUAAGGGAAUUAUAUGGUGCAGGAGUGGAGAAACUGAGGAUUGAGCAUCAGAGUAUAACGGCACCUUCUAAGAAGAAGAUUGAAAUUAGCACCAUUGCAAGUAAUUAUCACCUUGAAGUUAACCCAAGUGAUGCGGGAAACAAUGACCGUGUGGUAAUUCAGGAGCUCUUGAAGACAGUGGCACAAUCCCAACAGCUUGAGACAAGUACUCAACGAGAUUUCAAAGUGGUGCUGUUAACAGAAGUUGACAAACUCACUAAAGAUGCUCAGCAUGCUUUGCGUAGAACAAUGGAGAAGUACAUGGCGACCUGCAGGUUGAUCCUGUGCUGCAACUCAAUGUCAAAAAUUAUAGGACCCAUUCAAAGCAGAUGUCUGGCUGUACGAGUACCUGCUCCCAGCAUUGAAGAUAUAUGCCAUGUCUUGUCCAGCGUGUGUAAGAAAGAAGGCCUGACCCUUCCUCAGGAACUGGCUCAAAGGAUUGCAGAGAAAUCUGGCAGGAAUCUUCGGAAAGCACUACUUAUGUGUGAGUCCUGCAGAGUACAACAAUAUCCUUUUACUGCUGAUCAAGACAUUCCUGAGAUGGACUGGGAGGUUUAUUUGAGAGAAACUGCAAAUGCUAUUGUUGGUCAACAGACACCACAAAGGCUUUUAGAAGUCCGUGGACGGCUUUAUGAACUCCUGACACACUGUAUCCCUCCUGAGAUUAUAAUGAAGGGUCUCCUGACAGAACUUCUGAAUAAUUGUGAUGGGCAACUGAAAGGUGAAGUAGCACAGAUGGCAGCCUUCUAUGAACACCGCUUGCAACUGGGCAGCAAAGCCAUUUAUCAUCUGGAAGCAUUUGUUGCAAAGUUUAUGGCAAUUUACAAGAAGUUCAUGGAGGAUGGGCUGGAUGACAUGAUAUUCUAACUCUGAUGCCCAAAGUCAUAAACAGAAUUUUGGGUCAAGAUACCAAUGGUGUUGCAAAUAUCUACUUGUCAGUGUUUGAUUACAUGUGGGUCUAGUUCUAAGUCAAGUAUUUUUAUUUUGCUAUUUAGUAAAACAAUGUUUGUUCAGCUUUAGAAACCAGAUGGAUUGUUUGACAACCACAAAUCCAUCUUUAGAUCCAUACAAAAUGCAUUAGCCUUUCAGAAAGACAACGCGUUACCUUGGAAAAUAUGUAAGAUGAGAGCUGCUUUGCAGUGUUUGUAAGCUGCCAUUAAGAAGGGAGAGCACAGGUGCUAUGUGCUUGGUUUUUAUUUGUUAAUCACAGAUGGGCAUUGCUGAAGGAAAAAGAUGUUUAUUCCAUGUUCUGCCAGGUACCACCUUGAACAUGUAUGUUCUGCCUGCUAAUCUAUACAUCUUGAUGCUUGUCUGGCUUCUUUUUUUUUAGUCUCAGUGUUUUCUGUGGUGUGCUAACACCAAAUUAUUUCUUUCUUUUUUCUUUGUAAGCAGUUGCAUUGAAGUUGUGGAGGAGCAAUACUUUGGUGUUGCUUGUAAAUCACAUGGAACACCUUGUUUAGAAGGAUUAUGCCUUCAUAUAGCAAGUCCACUUGCUUUCUGACACUCUUGGGUUUACCUCAACCUGCAAAAUGCUGUUCAUGCAAAGUUACUCCUUUGACUAUUUUUUUAAUGAAAUGCAAAGCUUCAGCUUUCAAAAAAUAUCUUUCACCUCUUAAACUGAUACGUGACAUUUUUGAAAUGACAAAAUAAAUUGUGGAAAAUAUACAGU